GUUAAAGUUAGUAUAUCGUUUAUAUUCGCGGCCGCACUAAUCUACUAUACGGUUUUAAGCUUUAAACUACUUUAUAAUAAAGAUAAUAUAAUAGCUAAUAUUAUUAUCUUUACGGUGAGAACCGACGCGUACGUACCGCUCUUUAUAAGGGGCCUUAUUCCGCUCAUCGCGAGCGAAGCUAGCGGCAUAGUAAGUAAUACGGUAAUAGCCGUAUUAAGAGCUACUAGCUAAGCUAAUAGUCUCAUAAGCGCCGCCGCGAUAGCUAUUAAUAGCGCUAACACGACGAUUUCUCGGAAUCUCUCUAUCGGUACGAAAUAA